AUGUGUCCCUGGUGGUUCCCACCAGGAAAGGGUCAGGAAGGGUGGCCCCCAUCUGCUCGGGAGAUUGUGCCAGCUUUUGAGGAAGGUGUAGAGAGAAUCCGGAGAUAUGUUUCCGCCGUAAUCUUGUUUAGAUGGAUCCGAAUCGGGAGGAGAAAUGCCUCUAUAUCGAGUGCUGCUCCUGAAACGGUCUUGAAUGCCCCCGUGAUGAUCCUGGCCGCUUUCUUUUGUAUUGCUUCCGGCUUGCCUACCACUUUCUCCCGGUGGCUAUCCUCGGAGUUCAAUGGAGCGUACCAGAUCGAUGCUGCGUAUGAUAUUUGUGGUAGGAUUCAUGAGGCCGUGGCAAAGCUUCUUAUCGAGAAAGGAGCUGAUAUCAAUAUCAGUGAUUGAUCUGGAUUAACAGCACUUUAUCAUGUCUUAUAAUACGGUCAUGAGGCCGUGGUAAAGCUUCUUAUCGA